AAAGCUGCCAUCUACUGGUAAAUGGUGACAUUUGUGAAAUGCUUUUCGUUCAUUACUGCGUCUCUUUUCACAGAGUUAUAAGUUACAACUUUUGAAUCAUGUCUUCGGUACUUGUGCCUGAAAUUCCUGCUCCUGGAUUUUCUUUUGAUCUUUGUCAAAGAAACAAUUUUUUGGUAAAGAAAGGAUUCCAAGCACCUAAAGCUGUUAAAACAGGAACAACAAUUGCUGGUGUUGUUUAUAAAGAUGGAGUGGUUCUUGGUGGUGAUACAAGAUCAACAGAAAAUACCAUAGUUGCUGAUAAAAAUUGUAGUAAGAUUCAUUAUCUUACUGAAAAUAUAUAUUGUUGUGGUGCUGGAACUGCUGCUGAUACUGAAAUGACAACUCAAAUGAUAUCCAGUCAGUUGGAGUUACAUCGUUUAAAUACUAACCGCAUAGUGCCAGUUUGUACUGCAAAUGCUAUGAUUAAACAAUUAUUAUUCCGUUAUCAAGGAAAUAUUGGAGCAGCUUUAAUAUUAGGAGGUGUUGAUUUGGAUGGACCACAUUUAUAUUGUAUUCAUCCUCAUGGAUCUUCAGAUCGUCACAUUUAUACUAGUAUGGGUACAGGAUCAUUAGCUGCAAUGGCUGUAUUUGAAAGUAGAUGGAAACCUGAUAUGACAGAAGAGCAGGCUAAAGAAUUGGUUGCAGAUGCCAUUCGCGCUGGUAUAUUUAAUGAUCUAGCUUCUGGUUCUAACGUAGAUUUAUGUGUCAUACGUAAAGGUUCUGUUGAUUAUUUACGCCCUUAUGAUGUUGCUAAUGUUAAAGGACAGCGCAAUAUAUCGUACCGAUAUAAACGUGGUACUACCGCUGUGCUUAACAAAACGGUUCAUCCUAUAAUCAUUGAAGGGGAAACUGUGCAUAGGCUUAAUACAGAGCCAAUGGAUACUUCAUCAUAAAAUGUAUCAAACAGUUUUACUUUACAUUUGGAUAUAUAUGUGAAUUUGUAAUAAAUAAAGCCUUAAUCUCUCUUUCAUAA